UUAGUGCUUAAGCGCUACCUCUGUGGUGGAAAGUUACUCAAUCGGGGAAUGUCGAGCUACAAAACAAGCUCGUUGUUUUUAAUCGUGAGGGUUCUUGCUUGCUGUGGUCGCAGUAUAGACAGCAUCUUUCUUUAUUGUUAGUUAAAUUAUGUAUAUGGCACUAGGCGGGUUAUCUUAGAGCUAUAAUAAUAUCCAUGCUUCGUUUGAGCUACGGGGACGCUUGGACACAUUGCCUAGGUGAAAUCAGCUGCGCACCAACGUGUAUUGUCGGAGGCAAACCGUUUCUGUGCUGAAACGCUGUUGGUAGUCCACCCACUACGGUGUGUCAUCAUGUCAGAGUCGGGCCACAGUCAGCCCGGGAUGUACGGACAGGGACGGAGGAGAAGACGGAGACGGGGGGAAAGAGAGUCCGGCAUUCCCGGUCAAAAUUUGUCGGGACCAAGUCGUGACAGGGACUAUUACCCUAGAGAACGAAGGGAUACAAGUGAGGAUCCUCCAGGACAACUCCUCCAAAAGACUCCCAUCAUACUCGCAAAACCCCCCGGAGAAAGAUCAAAGCCAGCUCAGAGUGUCUCUGUCAGUGGAGCCCCUGCCCCAGAGAAGCCGAUUAUGUUAAUCAAAACGAGGGAAGACGCCACAAAAUGUGGUACUCCACCAGAGGCAACCCCUCAGCUCCCUGGCUCUGGGCCGUCCAAGAUGGAGAGGGAGGGACAACGUCCUACACAACCUGUUUACCAGAUCCAAAACCGUGGCAUGGGUGCCUCUGCCUCCAGUGGUGCUGGGGACCCUGUGGUUGGCCAGACCAAACUAAUCGCUCCAGAGAAGAUGAGGCAGAGCAUCAAGCUCGUGGACGAUCAGAUGAACUGGUGUGACAGUGCCAUGGAAUACUUGAGGGACCAGACCGAUAUGCUGGUCGUGGGAGUCCUUGGCCUACAGGGAACUGGGAAGUCUACAAUCAUGUCUCUUAUAUCUGCAAACACUCCAGAGGAAGACCAAAGGGCUUUUGUUUUCAGGACUCAGACGCAGGAAAUCAAGGAAAGAGCGGGAAACCAAAGCACAGGAAUAGAUUUCUUCAUCACGCAGGAGAGAGUCAUCUACCUGGAUACACAGCCUAUCCUCAGUCCCUCCAUUCUGGACCAUCUUAUCAACAAUGAUCGGAAGUUACCUCCAGAGUACAACCUUCCGCACACCUACAUAGAGAUGCAGUCUCUUCAGAUGGCGGCCUUCCUCUUCACAGUGUGUCAUGUAGUCAUAGUAGUUCAAGAUUGGUUCACAGACAUCAACAUGUACAGGUUUCUUCAGACUGCAGAGAUGCUCAAGCCCUCGACUCCCUCGGCCAGUCACGACAGCACCGGCUCCUCAGGGGCCGAAGAGGGAGCCGAGUACUACCCCCAUAUAGUUUUCCUGCAGAACAAAGCCAGGAGGGACGACUUUUGCCCACGCAAUCUGAAGAACAUGCAUUCAGUGGUUGACAAAAUGAUGGCGCACUCCCAUCUCAAAUACAAAGGAACCCUGUCCAUGCUGGACUGCAACAUGUUCCCAGGUCUUGGCAGGAAGUACCUUGAGAGCGAGGUGAACCUAUUCCUGCUCCCACCGCAGGACAGUGAAGGGGACGAGGGCCUCACUAAAGCAGGUUCCGGGUCGUCUCCUCUCUUCUCUCUUCUCCCUGGAUACAGAGGCCAGCCAACCUUCUCCUCUGUGGUCUCCAAGCUUCGCAGCCAAAUACUGGCCAUGCCUCGCUGCCAGCUGUCCCACACCAUCCUCACAGAGAAGAACUGGUUCCACUACGCGGCUCGUAUCUGGGAUGGAGUGAAGAAGUCUUCAGCCCUGGCUGAAUACAGCCGCCUGCUGGCCUGAGACCAGGGGCCCGGGGCCCUCGGUCCACCCUCCUUCAGCAGAGUCUGUGUUCCAAGGAGAGCUAAGCCUUCUGCCAUGGGGGCGGGACCUUUCUAUCUAAAUGAAGAGCUUAACAUAACUGUGAUGUUGAAAAUGAUGGAAGACUGAUGGUUGGGCAGGGGCGAAAGAUAUGCAUUUGGACAUGCCUUGGCAAAUGUGUAUUUUUGUUUUUUAAUUGGCCAUUCAUUAUGUUUUGUUUUGGAGCUGCGUGAUCACUGUAUAUUAUAAAAUCUCUUGCCAAAAUUUAACCUUUGAUUUAUUUUAUUACAAUGGGUGAAAACAUGAACAUCAAUGUGAAAUUGGUUAAAUCCUUUUAUUAAAGUGGGGGUGGGGGCGUGAACAUGAGCAUCAAUGUGAAAAAUGGCACCAAAAUGAUGUCUCUUCAAUAAUACCCACAGCACCUUUAAGACCCCCUCCACGUAGCUGGCUCCAAUGGCCCGUUAACAGUGCACUGCUUCAAGACCGGGGACAUGAGCCAUGAGGCCCAACGACUGGAGAGGUAGGCGUACUGGGCAGGGACCGCUCUUGCAAUGCUCAAUGUUGCACUGGAGUGCUUCCUGGUGCUCUGAGAAGGAACAGGAAGUGGGACAACCUCCGCUCGACGGGUCGCAAGGGUCCUCACUGUCAACCUCAGGUGUCCAGAGUCGUGAGAUGACGGGACUUGGUGGCAGCAGGCCAACCCUGACAAAUGGUGAUGGUCCCCAUGGUUAUUCACAAUACUAAUCUUUUGAUGGACUCACUUGGGAGUCACACACACUUUGGUGGCUUAAAUCAUGUAUCAUUAAAUACGGAAUAUCCCAACGAAGGACUUUGCAUUAUCACUGACCCAGUGUAAGGCAGGGUCAGGCAAGUAGAAACCGUUAAAUCCCACAACAUUUGCAAGACCUCUGGACCUUUUAGAUUUGGGCAUAA